GCUAAUUUCAACUUCAAAAUGCACUCAACUAAUACAUGUACUAACUGAAUUUUAAGCCGAUGAAUAGUCAUGUGAAGAAGAUGAAGAGGCAUGUGGAGGAGGUGAAAGGUAACAGGAUAAGUAAUUUUGCAUAGCAUUGACUCAUGUUCAGACCUGAGGGGACACUAUAUUUCUGAUACGCAAUCAGAAUGCUGUACAGAUGAUAGUAUCAGAUUCAUGGACGGAUUGCAAAGUAAGUGUUAACCUUAAUGACGGCAACCACCCAGUACUCGUGUUAUUCCAUGGUUGCUGCGAGUUUUUCUCUGAUCAAGAGCAGUAGACGCCAUUCAUGGCUUCGACGCAACAAGCUGCUAACGUCACCUAUUGAUUCUGCGCCAAAAUCCACAUGGCCGAAAGGACGAAGAGAAAACUGGUGGCCAGAAAGAAGUGGGAGAAGGUUGCGAUGGAGUCUGCGGUGUACCAGUUUCCACCAGUACAUACGUUUGGAUUUUCUGGAAUCCGUUGGCGCCUCUCUCAGAUUGCAAGCUUGAAUAGUGAAACCGUAGUUUUUGCAAUUGGCUGUGGCCUUUAUAAGUACAGAGACUUCUGUUCGGUGCCACUGCUUCCUGCUCAAGCUUCCACUGAGAAAAUCAGUUGCAUGACUGUGUCAGAAUCAGGGCGCCUCAUGGUUGUGUGUGAGAAAUUAAAAGGUGAACCGAGUUCGGUUACUCUAUUCAAGAUGGCCAAGAAUCCUAUAGUUGUAACAAGGUAUUUUAUCAAUGAGCAUGAAGAGAUUGGAAAUGUUGGUCUUUCCAAAGACGAAAAACAGAUCGUGGCUUUGUGCAGUCCUGCUUCUGAUGCUAAACUUUACUGUUGGAAUUUGGACCUACCGAUGCCAAGGUUUGUCAUGCAUUAUCCUCACAAUGUUACAAGAAUCUCUGUGAGUGUGGGGAGUGCCGACGUCUUCGCUGUUACUGGUCCUGGUGCCAUCAAAAUUUGGAGCAUAGAUGAGAACUUGAUAGAGACAUACGACGACAUUGCAGGCCUCGAAGAACCUGGCACAGGAGUCAAGUGCAUCUUGACAGAUCACGUUUGGCUUAUCGAUGAUAGCAUUGCCAUUUCAACAGAAAAUAAAGUGAUCUUUAUUGUUAAAGGGGGUGAAGUCAAAUACAAAUUUCUUGAUACUGGGCAUGUCUUAUGCAUGGCUGUCACACCUACCGGUUUCUAUGCUGGCAGAAAGGAUGGUAUCAUCAUGCAAGUUGGUGGCUGGGAUGUUGUAAAAUCAGAGUACAGUUUAAGAUCAACUAGGCCUUACGGAAAGGGAAUCACCAUGAGUUCUGUGUCACGAGAAGAUUUGCCAAUUACAACAUUGGUGGUGGCGCCGAAUGAUCCAACCGUAUUGUACGUUGUGGAGGCGGAGAAAGUGGGGCGGCUUCAGCUUAAUCCACAAUUUGAGGAAGGGACUCUCAAUCAGACUUCAAACUAUACUGAAGAGGGGCUUCUAAGUCCCGUCUUCGAUGUGGUCGAUUAUCCCAUGCCAGUGUUUACGAUAUCACCAGUUACGGAUAUGGAUAUCUGCCGAAGUCGAAUGAACAUCGCCACAAGCCAUCAGGACCAGGUGGUGCGGAUAUGGAGCUAUGCUCGGCUUGUCUGUGAUACCACAUAUCCGUGUGAUGAGGAAAUUCAGGCUGUGUCCAUCAACAAUUAUCAUUUGCUUGUGGCUCUCGGAAGAGUUAUUAAGAUAUUUUUUCUAAUGUCAGAUAACAUUGUACCGAUAGAAGAUGUAAGGCUGAAAAAUGUGCGAGUGAUGAGGUGGAGUCCCAGUUGUGCCAUUGUGGCGGUUGCUGCAGGCAAGGACAUCGUUCUGCCCUCUUCAACCAACUGGAACACCAUGGCUACUCUUAAGGGUCACAUUGGCACUGUUACUUCAGUGGCAUGGUCUCACGAUUCCAUCUAUCUUGCUACAGCAGCAACGGACGGAGCUGUCCUCGGUUGGUUUAUGGACGGUUUCUGGAAAUAUUCGGAAUGUGUGACGAUAGGAUCUCUUUAUUCUUCUAUCGUAUAUGACCGAAGCCGGAGAUUCGUGUAUGCAUGUGGAUUAAACAUUUCUCUUCGAGCACUGGACACUGACAAAAAAAUCGCCAUUGAGCAAACACUGCCUGAAGAGAUAAACUCUGAUGAUGAAAUUCCACCAGUGACUGACGAGGAAGAUGAGAAUUUGAGUGGCUCUUGUUGGGAGCACCACAUAUUUAGAGCUCAAACCUCCUAUGAAGCAGAACCGAAGGGAAUAACGAAAAUUGUAGGGCUCUUUCAAAACGUGAAACUAUGUGGAAGCGGAUUGCUUUGCGGUACAAAUGAUAGUGGAGAGUUAGUACUUUAUGCAGCGCCACUUUCUAAAGGUUGCUCUCCCACUUGGGUGGAGCCAAUUAAUGCAGGUAAGACUACCUCCUUGGCCGUGGACGAGAACCAUGACUUGAUUGUGAUUACCUCGUCUCAAGGCUCCAUACAUCUGCUUACUGUACAAAAAUUGCCCUGGUCUAAGGAUCUGCCUGACCCUCCUGAGCCCCGUGGCUUUCUCCCGGUGGACGAGAAUUCGUGGGUUGACAUUCUUGCAGUUUACAAGGACGACCUCGAAGAAAGGAAGCAGAAUGUUCAGGACUUUGCGAAGAGAGCCAAGAAGGAACGAGACGAGAUGUUGUACAGGGACCACAUGCUAGAGCAAGAACACAUCAAGACAAUGAGAGAGAAGGAUGAGCUCAGCGCAAAAAAAGAGAGUGAGUACGAUUUCCGACUUCGGCUUCUCGAGAAGCGUAUUCUGAUGGCAGAAAGUGAGAAAGAAUCACAUAUUCAGGGUCUGCUGGAAUCCCAAGAAGUCACGUUGAAAAACAUGAACGAGGAUUGUGAGAGGAGGAUAAUCAAAGAAGCCGAAAAAGCAAAUGUACUGAGGUCCAAGGUGCAGAAGGAAUUGCACAGAUUAAAAGAUAUCAUGAAUGGCAGGCAGAGAGCAUGUGAUGCGAAACUUCAGGAUAUGAAGCAUGAGUUAGAGGGUGCACAAUUAGCUGCAGACAAGAGAGUUGAAGAAGUGGUGGCCAAGUGCGACGCGGAGAUACAGAAGUGUAAACUAGCUCUAGACAUGGAGUUGAUGUUCAAUGAUGAAGAAAUUGAGCAGGCUCUGAAGAAGUAUGCAACGGAUCUAGAAGAUCAGCGUAAAAGGGUGGAGGAUGUUUUUGGGAAACUGUCCUACGAGAAGAACAUCAUUCUUCAAUCUCAAGCUAUCAUUAAUCAAGCAACAGCUGCCGAAGCUGAACACGAUGAUAAGCUCCAUGAAGUUCUCAUGGAAAAUUGGCGGUUGAAGAAAUUGGUAUUAGCAAUUGACAAGGACCGGGCGUGCAGCAGAAGUUGGCUGCUGGAAACAGAUGAGAGGAACGAAAAUGUACUGGCCAGUCUUCGAGAGCAAGAAUCUCACCAUAUCAUUUACGAUUACAAGAUAGACAAGUUGACGCGGGAGAAGAAACCUGUUGCAGAAGAGAUUCGACAUCUUCGCUCUUAUUUGGGCAAUCUUAAAUCUGAGCAGGUAGUUGGAGCUUCCGUGAUUCAGGGCCUUGACCAGCUUUGUGUUCAGGCUGAUCAUCUCCUGGAUUUGAAAGACGUCAGGACAGUUGAGAAGGAUUUGAAGGCAAAACUGUCGGUAAACGCGGUCAAUCUGAAAAAAAUGCUGGAUAAGGCCUUGACAGUAGAAAUUUACGUCAAUAAUUUCACUGCCAAGUUGACACAAAUUAUUGAGGAGAACGAACAAGGAAAAUGGCCAGAUCUUACCAAGGAGCUCUAUGACACUUACGUGAACGAUACGCAUCGACAAAUGAAUCCUGACUGCUUGUCAGAGAAAACGGAGAUGAAACAUCAAAGAGGUGUACUCCAGAAAUUUGUGAAAAUACUUCAAACGGCGAUCCUACGAAUAGACAAAGAACAUGCUUUUGCAGCAAAUCGCUUAGUGCAGAAAAACAUUGCUUUACUGAAUGGCUUCUCCGAGGCUAACAGAAACGCACAACGCUUGAGUUCUAUUCUGAAGGAUCUUCAGGGUGAAGAAGCUUACUACAGGGCAGUCGCAGCCAAACAUAGGUAUGUGACAGUUGCAGCCCUCACCCAGAUGUCACAGAAAAGAAAAUCCAAGAUCCGCAAAGCCAGUAAGUUUAGUCGAUCUGCUUCCAAAGCCAAAGCAUCUGCAACUCCCGCUACGCAGUUUCCAGCUCGGCGCUCGACAAGUUCCAGUUUUUGUUCGAGGAGCAGCACCGCAUUGGGAACAACAGCAUUGCCUCAUCCCACCACGAUAGAGCCUCCCCAAACUACAAUGCAGAAGAAGCUGGAGAGGCAACGAGCCAAGUCCAGCAUAGCGAUGUAUGGUUCGAUAAGGCACCCUGACAAUGCCCUGGCCUUGCUUGCCACGGAGUCGGAGCUGACGAAGAAAGACCAAGACAUCAAGCAACUGCAGAAGACUCUCCAUCGUCUCAGCAUCGAGGUCGGCAAGUCUGUUGCAGCAUCGCCAAAUUAACUGAACUAAGAUCAACUGAGUAAAUGUUAACGGAUGGUCAUAAUUUCCUACAAAACCUGAGUUGCCCUCAAGCAAUUGGAUGGUUAUCGCUACCUACGGAGAGAUAGUUAAGAAUAUGGUCUACUAGUCUCUGUGUCUGUG